UCUCACAACAUCGAGCUAGAGUUGCAACCGAAAGCUAUCCCCAUCUAUUGUCAAUCACUUUAACGGCAGAAACGGAGGAGAAAAUGUCAGAUACGGAGACAAAACCAUCCAGCCAAGAUGGGGGGGAUAAGAAGGACGGAGAGUACAUCAAGUUAAAAGUGAUUGGUCAGGACAGCAGCGAAAUCCACUUUAAGGUUAAAAUGACGACACAUCUGAAGAAGCUGAAGGAGUCCUACAGCCAGAGACAGGGUGUUCCAGCAAGCACGCUACGGUUUCUGUUUGAAGGACAGAGAAUCGCAGACAACCAAACUCCGAAAGAGCUGGGGAUGGAGGACGAGGACGUCAUCGAGGUCUAUCAAGAACAGACUGGUGGACUUCGGCAGGAUUAAAGCUCCCUUAUUUCUUAUUUUGUAUUUUAUUUUGUAUGUACGUAUUUCUGUUCAGUUUCAAACCAUCUGGAUCAAAGGCGACUCGUGUCGGGGCUUCCAUGUGUGCGGUGUGCUCGUGUUGUCGAGCAGCAGCACCCGGCGCGUGUGAUGCUCCACGUUUCUGUCUCCUUUCUUUUGGGGCACAGAAGCAAAUAAUGCAGCCGGGGAACCGUUCAGCCGAGCAGGAACACGUGGUCAUCUCAUUACACGUAUGAGUUAUUAUCCACAGCGAAGAGAUAUACAACCAGAAAGGACCCAUCCUCUUAUAGUUUUCCUGUUCUGAAGCUAAACACGAGCAUCAGGGGACCAAUAAGUUUAUUAUUUUCUAAUUUGUUUUCUCUAAUUCAGCUUUUGCUCCGCGAGAUGUUUUGGAAACUUUUGUAAUAACCAGCCUGGUUUGAAUAGUUAAAUUCAGAUUUUAUGCAGAUGUGUGGUCUGUGCUCUUGUGGUUUGGUGCAUUUGGGGAUUCUUUUGACUUCAGUGUGAUUGGAAAUGUUUUAGCUUUGAAACUUGUUGAUCUAAGUUUGACGUUAUUUGACCUUCUGGCCUCUGAUGUUUGAGGCCCGCUGGAUGCACUGUCCCUUUAAAAUCUGAAACGCGGCGCCGCUUCCUGGUUCUCUCCUCCGGGGCGAUGACGUCGUUCUACGUCUUCAGUUUCAGAGGAAACGACCCCCGUCAUUAAAUUGUAAGAAGAAGAAGAAAAAAAUAAUCAUUGCCUGGAUGAAGUGGAAAUAUAGGAUUUAAAAGAUAAUUGUGCUUUACCUGUGUGUUGUAUUCAGUAUUAGUGUGGAUGAUAUGCCAUGUAUCUACAGUGUCGUCUUUUAUUCAUAUCGAGGGGUUGAUUCUGUAAUGAUACAUCUAAACAUAUAUAUAUGUAUAUGUAUAUAUGUUUUGCUCGCUGACUGUUCUAAACUCGUUAAAGGAAACUGGUUGUGAAGCAGCGACAUGUUCUUCUGCUUUUCAGCUUUUCUUUGUGUUUUUGGAAAGAAGCUCUCACGCCGCUUAUGAAGUUCCUCAAGCAGGUCGGACUGAUGAGCACACACACACACACACACACGUUGGGUUCACGCUGCAGUGUGUGUGACAUCGCAGGAAGCCACUUCUAAAGCAGUGGUCCUCUCUUGAAGACGCGUCGUCUUCUCUUGUCUCUAAGACGCCGUUCCUCUGGUGCGCUCCACACAGGAAGUGGUCUGACCCCGGAGGCGGAGGGACUGUUCGCCACCAGAGGAACGUCGAUGCAGAUGGUUUGAAACGCUGGAGAUGAGCUUGUUACUUCUUUUUUUGGAAUAAAAUAUUUAAGAAAAUUC